GGGGGUUGUGCCAUCGAACCUCUGAAACCACUGUAAAUACAAGAAGUACUCCCCUGCCAUGGAAACUUCACAUGGAACUUCAACACCACGGAGGUUUGGUCUUCGCUCAAUGGUCUUCCACCACCACCACUGGUCAAUUCUGGUUGGGAUCGUGAGCGGGAGGGUAAGGGUUCACUCAUCGCGGCCCGUGACCCGUGAGACCGUGCUAACUGCUUGUUUUGGGUUGACGGCGGAGCAAGGGGUUUGCGCGGUGGGACUGCGGUGUGCGCGGUUUCCGGUUGGCGUCCGUAGCAAUGGCCCGCAGGGGUGGCGCGCCACGAAAGAAGCUCACCUACGACAAGCCUGGACUGACCGAGGAUGAGAUUGAUGAGAUCAGAGAAGCCUUCAACCUCUUCGACACAGAUGGUUCUGGCACCAUUGAUCCGCCCCCUGCUUAUGCGCUAAGCAAAGCUACCCCGCUGAUCCGCUUUGUGGUGUGGAGGGACGUCUGACAAAGAGGUGACCAGGUACUUGGUUGAUGCUUAUGUAUGCUUAUGUUGGUUCCAUGUGGGCUUCUUUGUGUCUUUGGACAAGGCUUGGAGUACUUCUUUUGACGGGUUCACCCUCGAAAUCCGUUCCGCUUGACGCUCAGGGGCGAGCUCAAAGCGGCCAUGAGAUCUCUGGGCUUUGAGACCAAGAAUCCAACCAUCUUCCAGAUGAUCGCGGAUUUGGAUCACGACGGGUCGUCCAGCGGAAUCGGCUUUGACGAGUUCCUGGAUGCGAUCACUGCCAAACUGGGGGACAAGGAGUCGCGAGAUGGAAUCCACAAGAUCUUCAACUUGUUCGACGACGACAAAACAGGGACCAUCAGCCUCAAGAACCUCAAGAGAGUCUCGAAGGAGUUGGGCGAAACCAUGACCGAAGAGGAGCUCAAAGAGAUGAUCGAGCGAGCCGAUUCCAAUGGAGAUGGUCAGAUCACUCCAGAGGAUUUUUACAACAUCAUGACCAAGAAGACUUUCCCAUAGGACUUUAGGACCAGCUGCAUCAACUUGCAGCUCUUGGCGUUGAAGCGGACAUGGACAUAGGAAACAAACGGCGCAGCAUCACC